AUGAAUUUUGAGAGAGAAGGUUUCCCUUUCUAUGAUUUCUUUAACUCCAGAGAUGAAAGACCUGGGAUGAACUAUAUGCAACAGAACAGGUACCCUAACUACCUAUUUAACCCUUACAGUGGUAGCUUCCCUUUCCCUUUCGCAGACAGUUCUUUUGGGCAUCCUUAUUACUACAGACCUAUUUAUGAUUAUUUAGAUGAAUCAGAUGAAGAUCUUGAAGAUGACAAUAUCAGUGAUGCCAAUAAGGAAGGUGCUAAUACACCAGCUUAUUAUCAUAGUAAAAAAAGUAAAGCUAGACAUCCAUUUUAUGAACCUCCUAGCAACAGACCCGGUAAUGAUAAUGCUGAUUUAGAGAAGACUCCUGGUACUGUUAAAAAUAACAAUAAACUGAAGACAAAUGAAGAAGAUCUUGGAACUGCAAAUGAUGACUCGUCACUUCCAAAAGAUGUUGUACAAGUCUCUAAACCUCUUUCCAUUUUAAACAAACCGUUUUCUCCUGCCGUUAACGUGUACAACAACGAGAAUGCUUAUGACGUUGUUGUGUCUUUGCCAGGCUCUGAUUCAAAAUCUUUUAAUUUAGAUUACCAUCCCUCUUCUCAUGAGUUGAUCAUAAAGGGUUCUAUUGAUGAUAGGUUUGUCUCUGACGCCAAAUAUUUAAAGGUGACAGAAAUCAAAUAUGGUUCAUUUAAGAGAAACAUAAAGUUUCCUGUCUAUCCCGGCAUUAAAGACGACAGCAUCAAAGCCACAUAUUCUAAUGGAUUACUGCAUAUAAACAUCCCAAAAUUGUCUAAUGAGGUACCAAAGAAGAGAGCUAAGAAGUCUAUAGCAAUUCAAGAGGUCCCGGAUGAAGAAUUGCAGUUCGAAAAAAACCCCAAUCCUAUUAAGGGAUAG